CAGAUCCUGAUGCCUUCCAGCACACCGUUACAGCGCAGCUGGUGCAUCACCAGAGGGUUCUCCAUGGCCCCAGGAGUCUUGGUCUCGUUGGGGAUGAUGCAGCGCACAAAGUGAGGGAGUGAGCAUGUCCAUCGGUGUCCUUCCUUUCUAUCUCUGCUUUGGAACAUUUUCAGCAGCAGGCAGCUGUUUGUGUUGUCAGCCAGUGUUUUAUGGAGGAUUAGAGCUGAGAUCCAGCAGCUGACAGUCCCUCUGACUGACUGGACGCCACACAGAUAGCAGGGCCUUUAAUGGAUCUGCACUGGGAGAAUCAGCACAGGGAGGGGUGAGUAUGCGCUACUGCAGGCUGCUCCAUUUAAACGACCAUUAAGGUAGAGGGACAUUACGAGCACCAAAGCAGAAAUCAGCUGUGAAGGACACAGACAAACAUCGAAUGGAUCUUCUGGAAUAUUAGCACGCUAAUUACAUGAUGACAAAAAUGUAGAAAAUUUCAAAAUAAGAGCCUACUGAAGGCGUUUUCAGAGAGCAGUGACGCGUUGGAUGGAUCAGAUAACUGGCACAAUGAUCUUGAAUGGUAUUGAUGGAGAAAAACUACAUUUAAAUUAAAUGCACAUAUUCUCUGUUAAUUGUAAUGUUAGUUGACUGCCUUAGCUCGUUACUUGACCACUGGAAAUUCAUUUCAGGUGGCUUGGUCUCCCCCUUCCACUAUUAUACAUUAUCAUUCCAAAUAUAGGAAACAACAACAACCCAUUUGUUUUGUGCUGUAAUGCAGAAUUGCUUGCAUUUCUUUAAACAUAGCACCUUUACCUGUCAGCAGUGUUUCAGAGAUGAUUAAAGGUUUGGUUUGUGUGCUGAAGCUUCUAUGGAACUGAUGUACUUUUUAACGUGACUGUUGCUGAUGCGUUAUGGAAUUGAGCAUACCAGCAGUUAAGAGCAGCUGAAAGUUUGUAAUAACUGGAUUGAGAUAAGCUCAUGAGUCCCUUGGGUUCAUGUUUAAUAAGUUUUACACACAUUUAGAAGCAGUUAAUCAUUAGCUACAAUGCAUUACUUCCUUAACAGCUUUAAACAGUGUGGGUUUUUUUUGCAGCUAUUGUGUUUUUUUCACAGUAAUCUAGAUGUCAUCUGUCAUCCGAUGCUCAAAGUCCUCAGAUGUUUGAAGAUGUAAUAUUUCAGGGGGCUGUUCUUUGUGCAUUUGACCAAAGUGAGUCUGCUUAUCUACCCUUGGGCCAUGAUUGGCUGAUGCAACAACAUAUUAUAGAGAGAAAUUAGAGAAAUUCAGCCAGUCCAAAGGUUCCAUUUGAGGAGCUCUUGGCAACAGCGGUAAGAAAAAACUCCCAUUUAACAGGAAGAAACCUUCAGUGUAACCAGACUCAGGGAGGGCGGACAUCUGCUUCAACCAGGUGGGGUAAAGGGAAGAGAGAACAGGUUAGCAAAGAGAAGGAGGUAACAAUGCAAAGCUGAGAGAAAACCAAACAAAGGGACUUUCCUGUGACCAAAGCGUUGUAUAUCUGACUACUAAACUGAGCAACUGGCUCUGACUCACAGCAUCAGACCCUUUCAUAAAAUAAAAAUGCACCAUGUGACCUGGUUAUUAGAAUCGUUUGGACAACAGCACUGAUGCUAAAGUUAGAUAUGACACAUUAGUGUAUGUGUGUGUGUUCUUGUAUUGAUGUGGGGACACAAACACAAACAUGUAGUAUAAUGAAAAGCAACUUCCUGUUGUGUAAAUGAUUUAAUUUUACAGUAAACACUUAGAGAAAGGUUCUCGGUCAGACCAGUAUUGGUUAUGGUUAAAUAAUUUCAUGUUCUCCAUUACUCAAGACUGUAAGCCUCCUCACAGUAAUGUAAUGUCUCAGGCGAUCCACAGAGUGUCAGUAUUUUUUAAUUUAUCGUCACUGAAACUUCUCAAGGCUUGAUUUCUUCUGUUCUCACUGCAUCUGGGCUCCAAUAAUUUAUACUGUAGAGAAGACGGUGAGUAGAGUACCGAACUCAUGGAGGCAAAAGACAAACCUAUAGAAACCAUGCAUCCCUCUUUUACAUUGAUUUCUUAAAUAAUUUCUUUUCUUUACUGCUCAGUGUAUGUUGCAGCUGGUCAGAGUUCUGCUUUAUAAAAUCUAUCUUCCCAGGGGUUUUGAUCACAUGGACACCAAUCUUUGUGUUGUAUUAUUCUGACAACUGCUAUGAGCAAAAGUUAAACUAAUUUUCACUUUUUUGAGGAACAACACGUACAUUUUUUCCCCCCAGUUUUCUACUAUAGAGCUACACGGCUGCACAUCAGCACUGGUAAGUACCUCAUAGCUCAUCUAUUUAAUAUGUUCUUCAAUAACACUUCAAUCUCAAUUUGAAGAGACUUUUCGCCUACAGAAGCGACAGCAUAUUAUAACUAUUAAAUAUGUUGUACUAUACUGACUUUGUUCACCUAGUAUCUACUGAGUAUGUGCAGAAGUACUGAGAGUACUACUGUUUCCUGUAAGAUGUCCAGUCGCUACUUCCUUUUGCUCUACAGUCUAGUUUUGAAGAGUUCAUUUGCAAAAAGAGGUAACUCCGUUUUCAGAAAACUCUUUUUUUUAUUGUUUACUUGAGAUAAUAAUAAUAACACUAAUAAUUUAUUUUUCUCUAUUUUGUCAUGUAUUUUACUACUGAGUCAAAUCCACUCAACUUCAGUUUGAUCGAUAUUAUCUCAAGUAAACAUUAAAAAAAAGUUUUCUGAAAAUUUAUCAAGACGGAGUUAUCUGUUUUUGCAAAUGAACUCUUCUUUUUUGUUCCACUGUAUUUUCCAGUUUUACCACAGUGCCAGUAGAUGUCAGCAGCACUGCAGAAACGUGAAACGAGUGAACAUAUAUUAGACCUCAGUCUUAUUGUAGGAGGUGCUGUCCAGUGCCAUAAUGUCAGAUACAGCCCAUGGAGGUUUUAUUGGCAGUAAAGUUACUUUUUACAAAGAAGUUUCUCAUGUUUUGGGUUUUUCUUUACAUUUCUGCACAGAUAUUGAUCCAUAAUGAAAACUUUGGAGUUUGAAGCCUUAAUUUGCGUGUCUUUAGUGAGGACCUUUUUUUUUUUGUCUCUCACUAGUACCAUAGGAAAUCUAUUGCACUUCUGCUAAGAUACAGUUCGUCAUGUUUAUGCACCUGGACAUGUCAUCAGUUAUGUUUCCGGAAGACAGCAGGUGUUUUGGGUUUUUAAACAACACACAUUAUCACCCAGAUGACACUGCAAGUGUAGAUCAAGUUGUGCCAACAUGUAUCUAUUACAUAACAAAGUGGCAUAUCUGUCCAAAUACAGCUUUUAAUGCAAGUUUGAAGCAUGUCAGAUUAAUGUUCACCCAUCCUUUUGUUAUGCCUGAAUUAUCCUGUAGUGGGUUGCAGGGGGCUAGAGGAGUGAAACUGAAAAGUUUGACUAUUUGACGGAUGCAAUUCAGAUCACAAUCUUACAGAAGCUGACUGCUAAUUAUAGAUCCGUCAAUAAACUUUUAACAAUAAUUUGGUGUUCUCAAACAUCGUCUCAGUAUUUAUAGACGCAAAAACCAAUGCAGUAACUUAGGAUAUUUGACUCGACUGCUCCGCUUCUCAGCAUGUGGUCCGAAGAAAGAGCAGGAAGACAUUUAACACUUGGAAACCGGGUCAGAAUUUAUUUCUGUACAAACAGCAGCAGCUUCAGAGCCCAAACUGACAGACAGGAGAGCUCAGCUGAGUCAGACAUUUCAGAGCUACAAGGUAAAGGAUGGGACAGUAAUUGAUAAUAAAAAUAGGAAUAAGAAAUUAGGACACCGAUGAAGGAAUCUCGUGUGUAAAUAUAUCAAAUACAUCUCAAAGAAUAUUGGAAUUUUAGGGCCUAAUGUGCAAUGAAUUCAGGGCAAAAGUGAUUGACGAAGCUCAAGUCUCUUAGCCCAAAAUCUUGCAACUUCUGACAGAAAGAAAGACAGAAGAUUUAAUGCUAAUAAAGUCAAAACUCAUAUUAGUCAAUCAUGCUUUGAUCUUUCUUUAACUGUGUGCAUGUUGGUGACUUAAGCAGAAACAAGGUGGUCUCAGUCCAGAAGUUAAUCUGUUUCUCAAAUGAACAUUUCUUUUCAACUUUCAGCUGCUUUACACACUUCUUUAUAAGCUACUUGAUUGGAAUCUCUGCUUGCAUGACCAAAACCACCACCCAACUGUGGAGUCGGACCAUCCGAAGAAGAGUUGGAACCACAUUCCCGGUGGGUGACUUUGGCCCAAAAAUAUGCUUAAUAACCAGUUUAUAGUUUUUGUAACACCUUGCUUGAGUCAGUGCUCCAACACUGAGAAGACUAAGAAGACUUAAGACUUAAGAAGACUAUUGGCUUUCUGAGGGGGGCAGAACAUGUGUCACACAAUCGGCAUCUUUGACGUUGCUGAAUUCUGUCAGAGUUCUAUUUUGGAUUCUUUUAGUCUUAUAUAUAUAUAUCACAGCAAGAGAGAAAGGAUAGUAAAUGUGGGUAAAGGGUGUCACCUCCCACUGAUUGACAGAGACGACUGCAACAGCUGAGUCUCAGCCCAGAUACAGUACAAAGGUUACUGCUAUUAAUACACGCGAACACACACACAUAAUGUGGCAUAUUGCAUUUAAUUGAUGACACUGAAUUCAUGACACUGCUCUUCUCAGCGUUGCUCAGACUCUUAACUUCUGCUCUGUGUUAAAGUGAAUUAAGUCAGAAACCCUGACACGCCCAUAUUAACGCCAAAGAGUCUCCAUUACCGUUUCAACCUUCAGCGACCUCAGGAGGAGCAAUGUGACACCUUCAAGGCCCCGCAGACGUAUGACAGGGCGAGAACAUGCUCUGUAUUUUUAUAUAUGUUUGUGGAGGAGAGGGGAGGUGUCAAUGACAGGGAGGAGAGCAGAGAAGCUACUGUUACAAUGGAGAUAGUUUGAAGACUAUUCUGAAGCUACAACUGUUGGACAUCUCAGGGUGUAUCACAGCAGUGGAAAUUUCAAUUCUGCAGAAGCAACCUGGAGUCACUGCACAAGAAAACUGGAAGAAGAACCCACUGCGUUAAAUCAGAGAAGAGCUUAACUCUCUUCUACCAGCAGCUACAAAUACUGAGGAGAGAGGGGUUUAAUGAGCUGCAGAUGGACUACACUGAAGCUACAAGCAGUUAGCUGUGUUAGCAUGCUGUUCUGAGUCAGCAGAAGAGCUGCUGGACCGGAGAACUUCAGGGCUGGAUUUCACAGUGGGCACACGUUUGGAAUCUGUGGAAUGCUAGAAGCCAGUUGUCAUUUCAUUCAUGUUGAACAGUUCAAACUCUACGCAUGGAUGCAGAAACAUAGCAGCUAACACCGGUGGACUUCAGCUGUUUUUUUUACUGGACUACCAGCAGCUUUGGAUUUCUACAGAAUCAACCACCAACAACCAUCAAUGAACCAAAGGAUCUGAUCUCAGACUUUGAAAGAUAUACUUUAGUUCAAUUGCAAGAAGACUUGUUUUUACACUCCUCUGUUCCACUCUGGUGCACAUGAAUGGACAACAAAGGAUGCUGAGUAGCUCCUUUUACAAGAGAGGUAACCACCAGUCAACAGUGUGUUAAGUGUAUUCUGUAGAGGAUUUUAGCCUCAUCACAUGAAACAGUGAAUGCUCCUGAGUCUGGGCCUUGAUAAUCUACACAAACACACUGCUGCAUUCAGAGCUAGCAGCAGGCGACCUUCAUAUUUCAGCUUAGAUCCUGUCAGAGUUGUGGUUCUGGGUCCAGAUGUUCCUCAACACGGUGCUGGUGGUCCUGACGGACCUGGCAGCCAGGUUCCUGGGUAACACCGCGUUCCGGCAGCACUUCCACCUGCUGCUGUCGGCGGUGGUGAUGUUCGGUCCUGCGCUCAGCUUCUGGGUAUCUCAACACAGCAUCUUCGCCAAGAGGAGCCACUUCCUGUACAGGAUGUUCCUUCGCUCCGGUUGGGGUUGGACCUGCGUCUUCGUCGGCUCUUUCGUCUUCCUCCUGUCCUUCUCCAUUCGUCGUUCCCUCUCCCUCUCCAUGCGUCACCUCUCCAGACUCGGGGUGGCAGGAGGCCUGUGGCUUGGUUUCUGCAAACUCCUGGACCUGCUGGAGAACGCUACAGGAAGCUGCUACGAAUCGUUACACGCCGGCCAAGACGUCGCCAACGGGCAGCCUCUGCUGGUGCUCCGAGAGGACGAAAGCAAGUCUGAGUGCCUCAAAGCUGGGAUGCUUUGGAGGGGCUAUGAAGUUUCAGAGGACGUCUUCCUCCUAUGUCUUUGCUGCCUGCUGCUGGCAGAAGAAACAGCUGUGUUUGGUCCUUAUCUGAGCCUAGGAGGGAUCUCAGAUGCCCCUCUGAGGAUCCUCUUCCUGUUCUGUGUUAUCCUGCUCGCGCUCUGGAUCUUUCUACUGCUUUGUCUCUUAGCUUACUUCCCUCAGUUCCCCACCCAGCUGCUCGGGGGCGCUCUGGGCUGCCUCAGCUGGAGGGGACUGUAUCAGGGCUGGUACCGCAUGGGGCCCAGCUGGUACUGCCCGGGGAGGCCCGGUCUGGGGCUGCUGAACACCAAGGCCAGCAGUACUGAAGCAGAAGACGUCCAACCCAACCACGACCACUGCAGUUAACUUUCAACAUUCAAACAUUUAAGAACUGAAAUGAUUUAAAUCCUGAACAAAAACAUGGACUGUGGGACUUUUGUAAGGGUCAGUCAGAGUCUGUAAUGUAUUUCAAUGUAGCAUCUCUACAUUUAAAUCAUUAAAGGGUGUGUGUUCUUUCAGGUGUUAACUGGGAGUCACAAAAGACAACAGCUGAGUCUCCUCAAGACUACAGAGUGAAUAUAAAAGAUGGACGCAGCCUCGUGGUCUGAAGGAAGCUCCUAAAAAAUCUGUUCUUUAUAACAGCCAGCAGGGGGCAACUCCUCUGGUUGCAAAAAGAAGUCCGAUUGUAUAGACGUCUAUGAGAAAAUAACCCUACUUCUUCCUUGAUCUGCUAGCUCAGGAAACAUUUCCCAUUUGGUCCCAUUUAGAGUGAAUUAGAUGGUAAAGUAGGGUAUGUUUUAGGGGACCUUGUGAUUAAAAUGUCCUCAUGUUUUCUGUCAGAUCCAUCACAGUGUCAAAAGACGGGAAGUUGUGGACGAAUAAAAUAACAAAAUUGUCA